ACCGGAGCCGCCGCUCGGUGCCGAACGCGACGACAUGGAUCUGAACCGGACAGGCGGCGGGAACGGCAGCCCGAGCGGCCACGGCGUGUAGCACGAGAUAAAAGGGGCGCGUGGUGCGCGGCGGCGGCGGUCGCCUCUGUUCUGUUGCGUUGCGUGGCUCCUCUCGCGCUCUCUCUCUCUCUCUCUCCCCCUCUCUCUCUCGCUCUGUGUGUAGCGCGUGCUGUGCUGAUCGGCGGCGGCGUCGGGCAGGAGCGCCUUUUCUCUGUGUGUGUGCGAGUGUGUGUGAGUGUGUGUAUGUGUGUGUGUGAGUGAAGGAGGGAGCGCGUGAACCGGCAGAAUCGUAGACCAGGCCAGCGCGAGACAAGCAGGCUCAACGUUCAGCAAACAGCCGUCCGUCACGCCGCGAGAUGGUCACGUCCGCACCGGGGCUCCUUCUCCUGCCGAUGCUAAUAUGUCUCCAGCACUGCGCUACCGUACACGGUACCACGACAGAAUGUGAGGCCAACCAGUUCCAGUGCGGGAACGGUCGCUGCAUCCCGUCCGUCUGGCAGUGUGACGGAGACGAGGACUGCUCCGACGGCAGCGACGAGAGCUCCUGUGAGAAAAAGACUUGUGCAGCGAUGGACUUUGUUUGUCGCAACGGCCAGUGCGUCCCCAAGAGGUGGCACUGUGACGGGGAGCCCGACUGCGAGGACGGGUCUGACGAGAGCGUGGAAAUCUGCCACAUGAGGACGUGUCGUAUGAACGAGUUCAGCUGCGGCGCAGGAUCCACCCAGUGCAUCCCCAUCUUCUGGAAAUGUGACGGAGAGAAAGACUGUGACAACGGGGAGGACGAGAUGUACUGUGGCAACAUCACCUGCGCCCCAAACGAGUUCACGUGCGCCAGCAGUCGUUGCAUCUCUCGUAACUUUGUGUGUAACGGCGAGGACGACUGCGGUGACGGAUCUGACGAGCAGGAGUGUGCGCCGUCCUCCUGCGGCCCCAGCGAGUUCCAGUGUGGGAACUCCUCGUGCAUCCCUGCGAGCUGGGUGUGUGACGACGAUGUUGACUGCCAGGAUCAGUCAGACGAGUCUCCGUCUCGGUGCGGCCGCCACCCGACGCCGCCCGCCAAGUGUUCGUCCAGUGAGAUGCAGUGCCGGUCAGGAGAGUGUAUUCACAAGAAGUGGAGGUGUGAUGGAGACCCGGACUGCAAGGACGGCAGCGACGAAGCAAACUGUCCUGUGCGUACCUGUGGACCGGAUCAUUUCAAGUGUGACGAUGGAAACUGUAUUCCUGGCGGCAGACAGUGCAACGGCCUCAGAGACUGCGCCGACGGCUCGGAUGAAGUCAACUGUAGGAACUUGACUCAGUGCAACGGACCAGACAAGUUCAAGUGUCGCAACGGGGAGUGCAUCGAGAUGAGCAAGGUGUGCAACAAGGCCAGGGACUGUUCUGACUGGAGCGACGAACCCAUCAAGGAAUGCAAUCUGAACGAAUGUCUCUUGAACAACGGCGGCUGCUCCCACAUCUGCAGAGACAUGGUGAUCGGCUUCGAGUGCGACUGCACGCCUGGACUGCAGCUGAUAGACCGCAAGACCUGCGGAGACAUCAAUGAGUGUCUGAACCCCGGCAUCUGCAGUCAGAUCUGCAUCAACCUGAAGGGAGGCUACAAGUGCGAAUGCCACAACGGCUACCAGAUGGAUCCAACCACUGGAGUCUGCAAGGCCGUCGGCAAGGAGCCCUGCCUGAUCUUCACAAACCGUCGUGACAUCCGCCGCCUGGGUCUCGAGAGGAAGGAGUACACACAGAUAGUGGAGCAGCAGAGGAACACAGUGGCCCUGGACGCCGACUUCAACCAGCAGAUGAUCUUCUGGGCCGACCUGGGACAGAAGGCUAUCUACAGCACCGUGCUGGACAAACGAGGAGAGGUCGGCAGCCACAAGACGGUGAUCAAAAAUGUCCAGACUCCUGUAGGAAUCGCCGUCGACUGGAUCUACAAGAACCUGUACUGGUCGGACCUCGGCACCAAAACAAUCGCCGUGGCCAACUUCAACGGGACGAAACAGAAAGUCCUGUUCAGCAGCGGCCUCAAAGAGCCGGCCUCCAUCGCUGUAGAUCCGCUGUCAGGGUUCCUGUACUGGUCAGACUGGGGCGAGCCGGCAAAGAUUGAGAAGUCUGGUAUGAACGGAAUGGACAGGAAGGUUCUGGUGGAGACGGACAUCCAGUGGCCUAAUGGAAUCACACUAGAUCUGAUCAAGGGCAGGUUGUACUGGGUCGACUCGAAGCUGCACAUGCUCUGUAGCGUCGAUCUGAACGGAGACAACAGGAGGAAAGUGCUGCAGUCUGCGGACUACCUGGCUCACCCCUUCGCCCUCACUGUGUUUGAGGACCGAGUCUUCUGGACCGAUGGAGAAAAUGAGGCGAUCUAUGGCGCUAACAAGUUCACCGGCUCUGACGUGGUGACGCUGGCCAGCAACCUGAACGACCCGCAGGACAUCAUAGUUUACCACGAGCUCAUCCAGCUCUCCGGUACAAACUGGUGCAACGAGAAAGGUGAAAACGGCGGCUGCAGCUACAUGUGCCUGCCCGCCCCUCAGAUCAACAAACACUCCCCCAGGUACACCUGUGUGUGUCCGGAGGGACAGGAGCUGGCUGCCGACAGCAUGCGCUGCAGGCCAGAGCCAUCUACAUCUCCCUCAAAGGAUGAUGGGAAAGCUCUAACGCAGCCUCCGCCAGAAGCCAAUGUGAGCACGUCCAUCCAGGUCGACUCCACAGCCAGAGGCUCAGCUGCUGCCUGGGCCAUCCUGCCCGUCUUGCUGCUGGCCAUGGCGGCGGCAGGCGGUUAUCUCAUGUGGAGAAACUGGCAGCUGAAGAACCAGAAGAGCAUGAACUUUGACAACCCGGUGUACCUGAAGACCACGGAAGAAGACCUGAACAUCGACAUCAGCCGGCACAGCUCCAGCGUGGGACACACCUACCCAGCGAUCUCAGUGGUGAGCACAGAGGACGAUUUAUCGUGAUCCGUCUCUCUUUACGGCAGCCCCCAGCGUUGCAUGGCGCCUCCUCGUCUCCGUGCCAACGGUUGUCCGUAGCAGCAGCCCUUACAGUACGACCACAUGCCUUCUGAAGUGCAUUAUGUUAUUAUCUAUGGUGAGGGUGAGGGGAGGAAAUGUUAUGUUAUUUAUUAUGUGAAUACUAUAAUGAAUUAUAUGUCAAAACUAUUUUCAGUGUGUCCAAAGUGUUAAGGGAUGUUUCUUUAUUUUUGAAUUCAGUUUUUUUGUUUUUGUUUUUGUUUUGUUUUGGGAGGUUUCCACUCUCGCCCUGCCAUCCAAACGGUGUCAAAUGGCAUUUUUACUCAAGUGACACAGGGAGAGACGACGAACAUGAUCAGCCUCCUCAACUUCACAUCACCUCGUAGACUUUUUUUUUUUUUUUUUUUUUAUGUUUUGUUUUUUUUUUUUUUCCGUGUUGCGCAGGAAAAACAGCUCGGCGCUCGUUUUAGCCAGACUGACGCCGUUAGAGCCGAAGUUAAACCGGAUCAGGUUUUUCCUUUUCCAACUUAAGAGACGACGGCUCUGACCUGCCAUCCGAGCCGGGGCGUUCAGGGGGGUCAAAGGUCAUUUAAAGGCCAGGCGUUCAUGCGGGACACCUGAGCCGAACCUUUUUUCUCCGGAGUCUUUUGUCCCAUCAGGGCGCUGAUCUGUGAAUAUUUAUAUUUUGGGGCAGUAAUAUCUUAAUUCAAAUGUCAUUUUUAUUUCAUUUCGUUUCUUUUUAAUUUUGUUUAUCUGUUUAUUUUUUAUUUUAUUUUAAUUUUAUGUGAUUUUAUUUUUUGACUAAGGCAUUACUACUUUAAUUUUCUUUCUUUUUUUUUUCUUUUUCUUCCUAUGAACGUUACCUCCUGAUGCGCAUUCUUACAAAGCUGUUUGGUCUUUCUGUUUUCUCACUCCAUAUUGGGUAUGCAUUAUUAUUAUUACAAUUAUUAUUAUUGUUGUUGUUAUUAUGAAAGCUCUGUAAGGAUCACCAUGGUUACAACAUUUGUAAACAUUGUAUAUAUUUAUCCAUCGACCCUCAGACCGCCAAUCAGGACUCUCUUGAUGCACUUUGAUCAAAUGUUCCUUCUGUAAAUAAGAUUGUAUACAUUUGACUUGAAAUCAAUUUUUUGCUAUGGUUGGGCAUAGUACCAGGGUUAGAGUUAAGAUGUAUUUAACAAGGAAAAAAAAAAAAAAUCAUGAAAUGAACACAACUGAAUUUGUUAAACUAUUUUGUAUGUUUGUGUGCUGUUGCUGUGAACUUUUUCUAGCCUUGUACAGUGAGGGGGGGAGACUAUAAAAAGAAAAAAAAAGCUCUGUAUCUGUGAAGAAACUGAUUUGCAAAUCACUUCAAAAUAAAACCUGACUCAAAAUGUG